AUGAGGCUUGAUAUUGACAACGAUCUGCUGACGGCAAUGGCAGAGCGAUGGCGCCCUGAGCUGCAUACCUUCCACUUUCCCGAGGGUGAAAUGACGAUCACCCUCAAAGAUGUUGCCAUCCUCACCGUGCUCCCGAUCACCGGAGAUGCCAUCAUCGACAACUCGAGAAAACCAGAAGAUGGUUGGGGUCCAUUGAUUCAGGAACGUCUGGGGUUCAACAUGCCGACCACCACGCCCGUCGAAGGUCAGGGGCAUCCACCACUGAAUGCGGGGCAAGUAUCGAUCCCGUGGCUUGUUGACCACAUCCAGAUGGAGGUUAAUAUAGGCCCGGAUACUCCUGAAGAUCAGGUGGAGCGGUAUGCACGUGUCUACCUAAUUGCCUUGGUUGAUUCACAUCACCUGGGACCUCGAACGUUGAGCGUUUCAGCACUUAACUUCCAGAGCCCGGCAUGGGCACCCACGCUCAGCGGAUCGAGGCUCUCGAAGCCGUCGAAACCAACAACCAGCAAAACUUCCAAGCCAUCCAAGAUCAGCUAG